CUACAAAUCGCAGGGGCUGGGGCAGGCCAGAACAUCUUCGGGUGGUGCGGUGCAGAGGAGGCGGCCGCCGCAGAGGAGCCCCGGUGACUAGCAACCAUGACGGACCAGCAGGCGGAGGCCCGGUCCUACCUCAGCGAGGAGAUGAUCGCUGAGUUCAAGGCCGCCUUCGACAUGUUUGACGCUGAUGGUGGCGGGGACAUCAGCGUCAAGGAGCUGGGCACGGUGAUGAGGAUGCUGGGCCAGACACCCACCAAAGAGGAACUGGACGCCAUCAUCGAGGAGGUGGACGAAGACGGCAGCGGCACCAUCGACUUCGAGGAGUUCCUGGUCAUGAUGGUGCGCCAGAUGAAAGAGGACGCGAAGGGGAAGAGCGAGGAGGAGCUGGCCGAGUGUUUCCGCAUCUUCGACAGGAACGCAGACGGCUACAUCGACGCGGAGGAGCUGGCUGAGAUCUUCAGGGCCUCCGGGGAGCACGUGACAGACGAGGAGAUCGAGUCCCUGAUGAAAGACGGGGACAAGAACAACGACGGCCGCAUUGACUUCGACGAAUUCCUGAAGAUGAUGGAGGGUGUGCAGUAAGAAGUCCGCCCGAGCCUCCACCGAGACCGCGCGGCCCUCGGGCGUGGGGGCUCCGCUCCGCCCAGUGUCAUUCCCCGCCCGGGAGGGAAGCGCGGCCCUUUCUGGGAUGCCCUUCUAGAAGGAAUAAAAGCAAACGUUGCAAAGCG